AUGUCCGCAGAUUUCUCCAACCACCCAGAUUCAAUCCAGAAGCCCGCGACUGAGCCAGCCAAGGAUAUCAAGAACUCGGCGGUGUUCAUCUUCAACCAUGGACUGGCAGACAGCGCAGCGGCCAUUGAAAACAUUGCAGAUCAAUUUCAGCAAGGCAACAAGCUUCCCUACAUGUCCUGGGUUCUUCCCAAUGCCAAACGCAAUCCUGUUACCCUGGAUACAGCCUGGUUCACUCCACAUGGACUCCCCAGUCACGAACCGUCACGUCCAGAGCUGGUGCCCGAGGAAGACGAAGAAGGGAUGAUCGAGUCUUCCAAGUAUCUGGAGUCCUUGAUCGACGCUGCUGUGGCUGCUGGAACGCCUGUCAAUCGUAUUGUGCUGGGAGGCUUUAGUCAAGGAGGCGCGAUGAGCUUACUCACACACAUGAGGUCUUCCAAGUAUAGUGGGAAGUUGGCCGGAAUCGCUGCUUUGCUGACCUGGCUCCCGCUUGUUGACGGAAAGAAACGACUCCAAGAGAUUCGCACAGAAGCCGGUCUGGACACGGCGCCAACAACGCCCAUCUUUCUAGCUCGAGGCACCAAGGACGAAUUCGUACCGAAGCGCGCAUGGUUCUAUUCUUUGGAAGCACUACUCGAGAUUGGUGUCCCGGCAGAGGCGUUGGAGAUUAAUGAGUAUCGCAUCGGGCAUACCGUGAAUGGCCCUUUGAUAAGGGAUCUGUGCGCUUGGCUGGAGAAAGUGGUGCCCGCUCUCGAAUGA